AUAGACGAGAAGAAAACUUCCCCAGGGGCCUGGCCCCAAGAGCAGCGUAGAAGAAACGUUUAGGCAUGGACUAGACUACUGAUAUCUCUCUCUCGCUCUCUUUCUCUCCUCUGGGAGAGAUGGAGAGGCCUAGUUUGAGUCUUCUUCCCACCAUGCAAGUCAAAUCCCUCAACUCUAUCAUCGUUGCUUCGAUAUCUUGUUGCGCCUUUCUAAUUCUCCUUGUUUCAGGGUUCCUCGAAUUCCCAUCUAUCUCCUCUUCGUUACCAUUUAUUCGCGAUUCGAAAUUAGGAGUUGACCGGAACCCAUAUCCCUUCGCGGAUUUUUUGGGUGGUUUCAGAAGAUGGGAUUCUGUGGUGGGUUGUGCUCAGUUCAGGGAAAAGCAAAGACAACUGGCUUCGAAUAGUUCGUCUUCUUCUUCUGCUUCUGCUUCUGUUCUGCAGGAUGUCGAUAGUUUUAUUGACUGUGGAGCGAUGAAGAUGAAACAUGUCAGUGUUCUCGUUAAAGGGUGGACUUGGAUUCCUGAUAAUUUGGAUAAUUUGUAUUCUUGCCGAUGUGGGUUGAGCUGCUUAUGGACCAAGUCCCCUGUUUUGGCUGAUAAAGCUGACGCAUUGCUGUUCGAGACCAUUACACCUCCAUCCAAGAGACGAGAAGGUGAUCCACUUCGGGUAUAUAUGGACCUCGAAGCUGGGAGGAACCGGUCUGGCCGCGAGGAAAUUUUUAUUAGUUAUCACCCUGAUGAUGAUGUGCAGACAACUUAUGCUGGUGCCCUGUUCCAUAACAAUCGAAACUAUCACCUGUCCCCUUAUAAGAACACUGAGACACUUGUCUACUGGUCUUCCUCAAGGUGCCUUCCUCGAAGAAACAAACUUGCCCAGAGUCUUCUCAAAUUGCUGCCUCACCACUCAUUCGGCAAGUGCCUGAACAAUGUUGGAGGACUGGAUAUGGCACUUGUUGAAUACCCUGAUUGUGCAAAUAAUGUCAACUCCGCUCCAAAAUGGUGGGAUCAUCUACACUGUGUCAUGUCUCACUACAAGUUCGUCAUUGCAAUUGAGAACACCAUGACUGAGAACUACGUAACCGAGAAGUUAUUUUAUGCCCUAGAUGCAGGGGCAGUCCCCAUCUACUUUGGUGCUCCAAAUGUGUGGGACUUUGUCCCACCACAUUCAAUUAUAGAUGGGACCAAGUUCAGCUCCAUGGAGGAACUGGCUUCCUAUGUGAAGGCCCUUGCAAAUGACCCUAUUGCCUAUGCGGAAUAUCAUGCUUGGAGGCGGUGUGGUGUAUUAGGUAAUUACGGAAAGACCCGUGCAGCAAGCCUGGACACGUUGCCAUGCCGACUGUGUGAACUUGUAAGUAGUAAAGGUGGCAGAAAUUAUAGAGCACCAGAAAGUUGAUUUUCUCAUUCAAUCCUCCCCCCCCCUCCGUAGGUGUUGUAAUUGGUUAUUGUAGUGUGUAUACAGGAAACACUGAUUGUUAUUUCUGAAACCACUGGAUGUAAUAAAUUCAUUUGAAGUUAUAGUGGAAUUUUUGUGUCAGAUUUGGAUUUAAAUUCAAAUUCAUUUUGAAAUUUGGUUUGAU